AUAUGGAAUGUAUGAGAUUUGCUCAAGCCCAUUUGAAGGUGUUGGUGGUCGUUUCAUGUUGAGAGGAGAAGGAAUGGAUGGAUGCAAAGAGGUGAGUGCGAUACCUAUUCUGUUUGAAUUUCAUGUUCAAUUUAGUGAACUGUUAUUCAUUUCGUUACACUAAUUUCUUCACUACAUUUUUCUCGCUGUGUUUCAAUUUUCAGGUAUAUUUCAAUGAUAUAUAUGGACAUCCAGCCGUAAAUUUCGACGACUUACAUCGUCAUCUUCCAGAACAACCAGUCGUGAAAUUAGAUUCGGAAAAUGUCAAGGAUGUAAUGACAGAAUUUUUCUUCCAGGGUGAAACGGAGAUGCUAAAAGUUACUUCGACUCUAGACAAAGAUGCAUGCCGUAUUUCAGACGAAAUUGUGAUUGGAUUACCUGAACGCAUCAUAAUUGGUGAGACCCAGGAUGAAACGAAUGGUACUCGAUACUGGAUACACAGUCCAAUCUUUCAAAUCCAAAACAAUCAAUUAGACAGUCCGCUAAAUGAUGGCGGAAAGAGAGCAGUCACGCUAACAGAAACAAAUCAUGUUUCCGAUGACCGAUUCAUAGCUAAAUGUUCCAAUGCUCCAAGAACCUUUCUCAACGAAGAUACAUGCCAAUUCUCUGAAGACGCUUGCUACGCCGCAGAAGGGAAAGACGUGGACUUCGAGCUUUCAGUUGAAAAUUUGGAAUUGAUUCACCAGAAAACAGGUGGUAAAGAUGGCAGUGAUACGAAGUACGUUUAUGCUGUGACUGGCUUGCGCAACGAUCCCGAAUGGACUGACCCUCCGUGUACCCCUGGAGCUCGCUCACGGUGGAUUGUGGUAGAUGACUGCAACAACCCUGGCUCUUCUUGGGACAGCACGACUAGAUCAAGCUUCGAAACUCUUCUAAGAAUGUCCGACGACACUAAUUCAUUCAUGAAAGACGUCUUUUUCCCCACAAGUGAUGGUGGUAUUGUUACUUGCUCGCCUGAAGAUUCGGAUAAAUUUGAUUUCAAGAUUCAAAUCGAUGGGAUAUGCUAUGAAAAUACCCAUCCAGACAAUCUUCAAGUCUACGAUAUGACGCAUUGGUAAGUGAACGUUUCCCGUGCAUAGUUUUUCUCAACAAUAAAAUUCGAUCUCAACUCAUUCUCUCCAACCGCGAUUCAACAGGACAUCUGACGCACAUCCCGGGAAUUUUAGAGAAAAUAAAAUCAAAGCUUUCGCGGAAACUAACACGACAUGGUAUCUAACAUAUCCUGACUGGCAUGAAAUGGAUCGCUGGCAUAGGAAGAAGGGUCUUUUUUCUUAUGUUGGUAGACUUGGUAGGUGCAAGUGAUGUCAGCAGCCCAAUUGGUAAAAAAAGAAGUUUGUUUCCGCUCACUAUCAUUCCCCUAUCUUUAAUUUUCGAACAGGUGACACAACUACAUUGAAGAGUCUCCCGCUGUCGCUGCAGAGAGAGGAUAUUGCGCAAGCGUUCGGAUCUGCCAGAGCAAUAUUUUCUGGUGGAGUGGUAGUCUGUGGUAGCCCAUUUGAAGUUGCAAACGUUGAUAAUGAUCAUGCCGGUCCGUUUGGAAAAGGUGGAUUCGAUAUGAGAACCCAUAAGAAUGCAACGACUGGUGGAGACUUUCGAACUCAAAGGGCCACUGUUUGGAAUUCAAUAGCCUUGUGGUCAAAAGAUCAGCUUCGUCAACGAAUGGCAUUCGCGCUUAGUCAAAUAUUUUCUGUUUCGCCCGAUGCCGUUGGUAGUCAGGAUUUCACGGAAUCUUACCUUUCCUACUAUGAUAUAUUUGUUCGACACGCAUUCGGCAAUUACUUUGAUAUCAUGAAAGAGGUGACAUAUCACCCCAUUAUGUCUCGUAUGUUGACUUAUCGUGAUGGUCUCAGCACAGGAUAUUCUAUUGUGAGAAAAAGCAUGUUCUUGACACCUGAUGAAAACUAUGCAAGGUGAGUUAAAAAAUGAAUAAUCAAGGAAUCCGGUACAAUCAUCCUGCAUAUCAACUCACUUCAUAUCUCAUUAAAUCACAGAGAGAUCAUGCAACUUUUUUCCAUCGGCCUUAAGAUGUUGAACAACAAUGGAACAAUUCAAGUCAAUGAUGAUGGCACUGAACCCCUGCCAUACACAAACGAAGACAUCGCUGAGGUAAGCGAGUCUUACUCGUGUUUGCUUUACACAUAGUAUGAUGUUAUGAUAAAAAAUAUCACGCAGCUCAUAAUUCGCUUCCCAUUCCUUCAACUCUGAAAGUAUGCAAAAAUAUACCUAGGUCUCGUGGCUCAGAAAAGCAGGGGAAAUAUUGACGGCAAUCACAAUCAAGUAGAUCCGUUGCUUAUUAUGAGUGAACAUAAGGAUCACUUCCCAAAGGUGCGUUCGUUGUUUAAUCAAAUAUAAAUGUCGAAGAAGAUAGAAGAAUUAGUGAACCUCAUGUACCUCUCUUCCUCAUAUUUCUCAGAUGGGAAUGAAUUCGAAGUACGUAGGCGAUGGAUAUCCACUUUGCAGUGAUCUCCCUCGUCAACAUUUCUUGAAGGAAGGUGCCGUAUACCGAUUGCUUGGUGCCGAUCCCAACCCUGAAUUAUUGGUUGAUCCCAGCGAUUGGUACGGGGCGCCUGCGAAGCGAAUAUCACUAGAUUUUACUUCCUCGCCUCUCGCACUUGCUCUCUGCAAUGGAAACGGUAUAGACUGUAACCCGCAAUCUCAGGUCAUCCUUAAGUCCGAUAUCCGGUGCACUGGAAUCGAAUGUGAGAUUCAUCAACCUCGCACGAUUGAGGUUGCGAAGAACCUUUGGUUUGAAUAUGUUCGUCCUCCAUGCGUAAAUCAAGCCUUCUUUAACAAUGGACAAUCUAUAAGAAAGAAUGGCCAUUGUGGUUGGCAAAAAAAUAUGUGUGGAAACCCAUUGAAUCUAGAGGCAUCGACUUUAUGCUGUGACAAUACCAAGUCAUGGGACAUUCCAUGGCGAAGGGAGCUCUUUGGUGGUGAACGUGUCAGUUUUGACAUUUCGUUAGAGAGAUGCUCAGAAAAUGAAGGGUUAAGACUUUGCAAGAACGCUCAAUCUAGCUGGCAAGAUUGCUUCAACGAAUCUCCCGACCCCGGCGGCUACAGGUCUACCAAGAACGGUGGUUGCGAUCGAUGCAAUCAAUUCUAUUGGUUGUCUGAGCCAUGUUCUAUUCAUGCGAAGAUCGGGGUGGAAGGUAGCAUUGCCAUAGUUCACGACUUUGUGGAAACCAGCUCAUUUCAGGAGACCUACAGGAUGGUACGAAAUGACACAAAAAUGUUCUUUCGUGUCGAUUGGAAAACUUCCUACGCUCGAGAUUUUCUAUUAGACUACUCUACCAACUGUAAUUCUUUGGGAUGUUUCGUUGAUGAUCUUGAUGGAACUUGCCAAUGUCAAACGCUAGUUGAGGACGCCAUGGCUUUCGUGAACGAAUCAGAGCUUAUUUCUGUUGAUCAUUUAUUAGCAACUGCUGAUAUUGGAGCAUUUCCUCCUUCAGAUUCAUUUGUCCCUACUGUUGUUGACGGCAUCCAUAAGUAUCCUCCAGGGAUAUUGUCUCAGGAGACGGUCUUCAAAGUUACUGACUUCAACGGACAAAUUACCUACAGGAAGAAUCUCGUAUCAAUUGUUAAGUUGGGGAAUGGGAAACUUUCUUUUCGAAAUCCAGUCUCAUUUUGGUCACUAUCUGAGCACACAGUUCGCGAUGCACGAAACGAAUUAGAUGCUGCUCUUGAGCAUUACUUUUACCACCAAAAUGUUGCACCAUUCGUUGCAUACCGACUAGCGCAAAGAUUUGGAACAUCGAAUCCAAGUCCACGCUACAUCGAUGUCAUAGCGACAGCCUUUCGAACUGGUACAUACUCAAAUGGAUCUAGAUUUUUUGGAAGUAAGAAGUAUGGUUGUCUACAGGCAACUAUCGCAGCUGUCGUUCUAGAUAGAGAGGCACAAGACCACAUCCUUGAUGCUGAUCCCACGUCGUAAGUAUUCGGUCGUUUGUUUGGCAUUCAGGGAUAUUUCUGACUUCUUUUUUGCUUUUCUUACCAUGAUUACUUUCUUUUUCACAGUGGACACCUUCGAGAAAUCCUUUUGAAACUUAUUCAAAUUUAUAGAUCCUUGGAGUUUGCUCCAGAUGCUGACAAUCCGUUGCCAGUAUUCAAGUUCAAUUUACAAGACCGGAUUAAACAGGCACCACAUAGUAUUCCAAGCGUUUUCUCUUUCUUCAAGCCACAAUACAGUCCUCCGGGUACGUACAUCAAUAACUCGUGAAGCGAAGAAUGCAAUGCGAUAGGUUCUUGUAUCAAUUUUCAAUUGUGAAAACUAAUGAUUGUUUUUCGACAACAGGCAUUGUGUCAGCAGCGGAGAUGGUUUCCCCGGAGAGUCAGAUCUUGAACGGACCAAACGCAGUAACAACAAUGAAUCUAUUUUUGAGCCAUCUGAAGUAUGGCCCUUCCAAUUGUUACUCAGGAAUGGGGAUCAGCGGGAGGAUUGCGACUGGUUGGACGAAUAAAUGUGAAAUUGGGAACAACAUAUACAAUCAGGGGAACAAUAAGUAUCUUCCAAGUGCGUAUGGAUUGAACGAGGCAUCAGCCAGUGAAGUCAUUGAUGAUCUCGCGAUGCUACUGACAAGUGGGCGGCUUAGCCCUGAAAAUAGAGGAAUAAUGAAAGAGGUAUUUGAUCACACCCUUGCAUCUGGAAAGGGCGAGUUCGAAGCUAUGAUCAAUGUGCAGCAAUUGAUGGUCUUAUCUCCUGAGUUUCAUACCACGGGUUUGGUACAGAAGACGGGCAAAAAACGCCCCCUUCCUACCAAGCCCGAUGCAACAAAUAUUCCAUACAAGGCAGUGAUUUAUCUUAUGCUUGGGGGAGGAAUGGAUUCAUUCAAUGUUUUGGUCCCAGACUCGUGUAGCGGUAAAAAUGCAGCUGGGCAAACUGUUGAUGAGCAGUACUUAGAGCAGCGUGACGUUCUUGCUUUUGAUCGUUCACAGGGAGAGUUUGAUUUUAAAAUCAAUCCGAAAACUGAACAGCCAUGUGAGUCAUUUGCAAUUAAUAAAGAUCUUAAAUACAUGAAGCAGUUAUACGACGAAGGUGAUCUGCUUUUCAUGGCAAAUACAGGAAUUGUCAAUCAAAACGGCAUGACAAUAAAGAAUUAUAAUACAAAAACACGAUCGCGGUUAUUUGACCAUGCUGGAAUGCAAAAGGAAGCGAAGAGGGUAGAUCCAUAUGACACAUUUGUGGGAACCGGAGUUUUGGGUAGAGCAAAAGAUGUCUUGACGCAGAAAGGACACGUGGUAAAUGCGAUGAGUGUUAAUGGAGCGUCGGUAACCUUAACCGGAACACCAGGCCUAUCUACGUCAAUGACUGUUGUGAGCUCAGGAGGAGUAUCCCCAUUUGGAAAGAGGCCAAACCAUGAGAAGUAUUUUGAACUUGAACGAUAUGCAGAAGAGCUUAACGCUGAGGUGGACUUGUUUUCUAGUGUUUUUGGGGAGACGUGGUCAGAUCACUUUGUAAAUGGAGUAGAAGAAGCCUUCAAUUUUGACAAAUUGCUUGCCGAUGUUGAAGUCGAUCCCAACAUAUGGAAUCGAGAUGAUAGUUCGCUACAUGGUAAGCUAAAAAUCAUUGCCAGACUUAUCAAGAUUCGUGAAGAACGGAAUGCCGAUCGAGAUGUCUUCUAUACCGAUCACAAUAUCUUUGACCAUCAUUCAGACAUGAAAAACAGACUUGGAAAGGGACUCAGCGAAGUCGAUAAUAAUCUAAAAAUGCUCGUUGAGGAGUUGAAGUCUGAAAAUUUGUGGGAUAAUGUAACCAUUGUUGUGGCAUCAGAGUUUGCUAGAACCAUAACACCUAACAGCGUAAGUACUCUUCGAUGGUCUUUGAACUCAAUUUUUCUUCAUCAUGUUUGAUUGACUCACUUUUUUAUAAAUGGCGCACCCAUAGAACAAAGGCUCGGAUCAUGCAUGGGGCGGAAAUUAUUGGAUGCUCGGUGGCAAUGUCAGGGGCGGUCGAGUCGUCGGGAAAUAUCCGGACGACAUCACAAAGGAAAGUCCUCUGAAUGCGGGAUCAAACGCAAGAGUGCGGUUCAUCCCAACAACUAGCUGGGAUUCCGUUUGGCAUGGUAUAAUACAGUGGUUUGGUGUUGAUGAAAAAGACCUCGAUUACUGUCUUCCAAAUAGAAAUAACACAGCUAGCCCUGUGGUGGGAGCGGGGGACUUUCCUCUCUUGAAUAGAAUUGAUUUGUUCGAAUCCCAAGACACUCCCACUGACGAAUUGCCCAAACAAAGAAAACUUAGGCAGGCAUCGAUUCAAUCGAAAUCUGUAUGAGUACGUGGGUUUGGCAUCCUUACUAAGCAGAUAUUUUCUGAAAUGAGAAAUGAAAACAAACCAGUAGCAUUAGC